AUGAUAGGCCGGCUGGGGAGACGAGGUGGAUGCCAAUGGCGCGCAGAGCAACGAGGCGAGUGGUGGCCCGAAAUAGACGCCCGGGAGAAGUCGAUGGAGGAUGUACAGAUGAUGCGGCCAGAAGCUUGGUUUAUGGGCAGACGUGACUGCAAUACUUUGGGCUUAUCCUGUCGGUCAGCGUGGCAAUAUGCAACGCUGUCGCUCUCGAUUGCCUUCUGA